UGCUCUAUGGUGAUGCUAUAAGUAUCAUGCCCUCCUCCUCACCCUCUCAAUUCAGACACUCCUUUGAUUUGAUACCUCUCAUACUUGUAUCCAAAUAUCACAAGUUUUUUCCCUCAAAAGACCUCAAGUUUGAACCAUGAAUCCAAGAUUCAACCAGGAAAGGAUCCCUUCCGAGGUAGAGGGGGGUAGAACAAUCAUCGAUGGGCUCAACAACUACUACUACAAUGAUGACACCAACCAUGACAAGAACAAGAAGAAUGAUAUUGCGGCCAAGCUCCAAACAUGGUUCCCUAGGAAGACCAUGCCACAGGUAACAAACAUGUAUGGUGAUCUUGCUGCAGAGAUGCAUAUGUUGCAGUGUACAGAGAAGGAGUACCAUGGUACCAAUGGUGAGCAUGGUGUCAAUUACACCGUGGAUGGCCAUGUGAAUAAAACAUUUGGAUUCCAAGAGGAGGCCGCAAUGGAAGGAACCGACUUUUUGUUUGGUUGUCCAUUAGAUAACAGGCAAACCAUGGACAAUCAAGAGGAGGUGUCGAUGGUGGAGCAGAACAAGGUGGUGUUAGAGAAUAAGACGUGCAUCCACCAACCAGUGCUUGCACCAUGUGCCAAGGGGUUUUGGACCCCUGAAGAACACAGGCUCUUUCUCCAUGGCUUGAGCGUAUGUGGCCGUGGAAAAUGGAAGGACAUAUCAAAGCACUUCGUCACUAGUAGGACUCCAAUCCAGAUUUCGAGCCAUGCACAGAAGUACUUCAUGAGGCUAAAGAACAAAGGGUCAAGAAGCCAGCGCUACAGCAUCAAUGAUGUGGAGCUCGAUGAUUCUGGCCCAUGGAAAAUGGAGAAUACCUCUAACUUCUGGCAAGCACUUGCCUUGCAAUCUACAGUUGAUGCUGAUAACAAAAAUCCAAGCUUCGACUUGCAAACUCCUUCGAGCCCAUUUUUCACCAUAAACAAUAUACCUUAGUUUGGAGUCGUCGUUGUUAAAGAAAUGGAAAUAAUAGUGAGUAUGAUGUGAUAAUCAUAUGAUGUUGUCGUCACAGUAGGGACCAGUGAACUUUGUUCCUACUAGUAUACAAAUAUUACUUCAAGUUCCUUCAAAGCAUUGUAUGGAUACCAUAUAUAAGAUGUUAUGAUUUAA